AUGGAAGCAAAAGACGCAGCCGCUGACGAGUACGACGACCAUGACGGGUUGCUCCUAUACCGAGGUCGCGUGCUCAUACCAAGCGUCGGGCCUUUGAAGGAAGCGAUAAUCAAACACUUCCACGACUCGAAGUUUGGUGGGCAUUCAGGCGUGUACCGCACGCAGAAACCGGGGGCGGAGGCCGAAGGCGAAGGUCGGUCUCAAUUCUUGAAGGCGGAUGGAGGCGGAGGUGUGGACAAAGGUCGAAGUAUCGGAGAGGCUGAGAUUGAGAGAAUCAGGCAGUGCUGCAAGUGCGGGUGGAGCCCGCCCCGCUCUAGCCGGGGAGCGGGCUUAAAAAAUCUCGGCCCAACCCGUCCCUUUUUCGGGGCGGGACGGGGCAGCCCGCGGGCCACGGGCCAAAUUGACAGCUCUAGUCUUGGUUCACCUAUAAAAUAUUUUCCCCUUGACAGUAGAAUCAUUUCAGAAAAUGUGUGGGUGGUUUAG